AACCAGCCAAUCGCUAUCUGAAGAGACAAGAAACAGGGAGCAGGGGAGGUAUCAGGAAGUACCGCAUUUCUUUUCGAAUAAAUUUAAAACUUUUGGAAUCUCACAAACUGUGGGACCCCAUCGGUUUGACUGAGCAGAGUGAAUCAGAGGCAGACUGAAUCAGAGAGUAGGCACAAUGUCGCUACAGAGAUGUCUUACUUGCUGGGCAGUUGUCUUGGUUAGUGUCCACAUGGCAUGGGCUGCAACCCGCUGCAGUUCACUUGUGAGGUACGGAAUUCCAGGACAGUGUGUGGACAAGAACCUGGGAUGUCCUUACGGCACAGAAGAGUUCGCUAUCUAUAGCAAUUACAUAGGCUGCAUUACACCCGUGCAGUUGUGUUGCCUAGCAUUGCCUGCGACCACAACAACACCUACAACCACAACGACCACAACUACCACCACGACCACGACGCCAAUAAAAGUAACAAGAUCGCCUUCCACGUGUGGUGUGGCCAGCCGAGUCGUCUUUGACAAAAUCUACAAUGGAGCCCUUACAGCACCUUGCGAUUGGCCAUUUGUUGUCUCAUUGAGAGGUCUCUUUGAUGAUGCAACUAUUUUGAGUUAUGAUACUACUGGUCACGUCUGCCAAGGUGUUUUGAUAGGCAACCAAUGGGUACUUACCAGCGCUAACUGUGUUCUACAAACUGCAGGAAGUGUGGCCGAUGUUCCUGCCAAAGUUCUUGUGGUGGUCAGUGAGUACAAUGUCACAAAGCUAGACAUUGAUCCUUUGACUGACCUCCCACAGGAGCAGCUGAUGAGAGUGAGUCAGGUUUAUCUUCACCCAGACUACGUUCAGACUUCAAAAGCAAACAACGAUGUUGCCUUGAUCAAGCUCCAAACAGCGAUAUCUGGGCGCUGCUCCAACACCAUCUGCCUGCCUACUACCGCAGACGCCGCCAACACAUGUAACGGUUAUAACGAAUGCGUCGUCACCGGAUGGGGUUUGACCUCCACAGAGAAGAUAGACGACUACUUUGGCGGACUCUUCUUCGGAGCGGUCAGUCUGCUCUCCAAGGAAGCUUGUGAUUUGAUCAGCACACGUCAAAGUUUACCAAGACCAGUGGGCUCUACAUGCAUGUACCCUAGGGACACUGACACUGGUGCCUGCGAUGGGGAUGAAGGAGGAGCGGUUAUGUGUUUUGAUGGACAGAGGUGGACAGUUCGAGGGAUACUUCCUGCGAAUUCGUGCCUGAACGGCCAGUACUCAUUUUACCCCACAGAUGUGAACCUCUACCUGGACUGGAUCAACACGGUUGUCACUGCCAAUGGUGGUUAUUUGUAGACCUCAACUCAGGAAUAGUUUUUUUUUUAUCAUGGAUGUGUUUCUUUUAAUUUUUUCUUUUAAAGGAAACCUCAGCAUUGAAGAUUAUACUACUAAAAAAGAACAAAUUUUGUUUUUCUAAAUAAUUACAAUUCUUGUUUCAUUAAAAGGUUAGCCAUUUUCUGCAUAUUAUGACGUUUAAGUUAAUUCUAUAGUUGGCAUCAUGUCUAAAUUUAUCUUAUGAGAGAACUCAUAUCAGUUAAUUAAUAAACGCUAUUGUUAUA